AUGCACCAGGCACUCAACAUCUUGAAAACUUUCAAUUCAAUGCUUGGGAACCAUUCACCAUUUCCUGCCUCUGGUUACACCGUGCUCCCAGAGUCUGCUCGUGUUGUCAUCUGUGGUGGAGGAGUCACUGGGUGCUCUAUUGCAUAUUACUUGGCAGAAUGUGGCUGGGCAGGAGAGACGAUAGUCCUGGACAUGGGAAAGCUUGGGGAAGGGACGAAGUGGAGAGGCUCUGGUCUGAUAGGAACCUUCAAGUCCUCUGGAGUAGAGUCAAAACUAGUCAAUGACAGUAUUCAGCUAUACAAGAGUCUAGAAGAGAAUGGAUAUAAGACUGGCUGGAAGCAAGUUGGAUCCCUCCUACUGGCUCGAACUAGGGACCGUGUUACAGACUUCAAGCGCUUGAAGGCACUCUCUGUGGCUCGAGACAUUGAGUGUGAAUUGAUAUCACCUGAAAAGGCUCAGGAGAUGUGCCCAUUGAUUCAAGUGAAAGAUUUACUGGGAGCAUUGAGGCUCCCUGAGGAUGGUGUUGCUGACCCACAUCUCCUCUGUACCAGCCUUGCUUCAACUGCAUCUGUCAAAGGUGUGAGGUUCAUUGAGAACUGCACUGUGGAAGGGAUUGAGACAGCCAAUGGUCGUGUGAAAUGUGUGAAGACAAACAAAGGCACAGUGGAGACACAGUACUUUGUUAAUGUGGCAGGUCUCUGGGCAAGAGGGAUUGGACAACUUAGUCAUCCACCUGUCAAGGUCCCCAUUCACCCAUGUGAACAUUAUUACCUCUAUACAGAGCCAAUUGAGGGGUUGGAUUCACACUUACCAGUGGUACGUGACUUGGAUGGUAAUGUGUAUUUCCGUGAGAGGGAUGGACGCUUUCUGGGUGGAGCUUUUGAAAAGCUAGCCAAACCCUGCUUCCCGGAUGGAGUUAUACCACAGAAGUUUUCAGAUCUUCUGGGGGAGGACUGGGACCACUUCCAUCCUCUCCUGAUGGAACUCCUUCAUCGGGUUCCUUCACUUGGUGGUGCAAUUCUACAUAAACUCCUCAAUGGGCCUGAGGGCUUCUCUGUCGAUGGCAAGUUCAUCUUGGGUCAAGUCCCUGAGAUCCAGAAUUACUUUGUGGCAGCUGGGAUGAAGUCAGCAGCGAUUUCAGCUGCAGGAGGAAUAGGGCAAUUGAUAGCCAAUUGGAUUGUGCAUGGAGACCCUGGGAUGGAUGUAAAUGAGUUAGACAUCACUAGAUUCCUUGGCCUUCACAACAACCCACGCUACCUGUGGGAAAGAAUGAAAGAAGUUCCUGGCUGGCAUUAUCGGGUGAAUUUUCCUUGGAGGGAGUUUGAAAGGAGUCGAUGCUUGCGCAUGAGCCCUAUCUUCUUGAAGCUGAAGGCAGCUGGAGGAGUGUUCCAACAGGUCAUGGGAUAUGAAAGAGCUUGCUACUUUGAUCCUCAAGGCAUUACUCUUCCACCUCAAGGCCCCACAGGAUAUUUGCCUGAGGGAACCAUCUAUGACUGGGAGUCAUCAUUACGCAUUGCCCGCACUGAGACAUUUGGGAAGCCACCAUGGUUUGAUCUUGUUCACGGAGAGUAUCUAGCCUGUCGGGAGCGUGUUGGAAUCUGUGAUUUUUCCUCUUUCACCAAACUUGAACUUUGGUUGGCAUUCAUCACUGGUUGGGAAAAAAAUCUUUUGCAGUCAAAUGGGACAGAGGUGGUGGAUGCCCUCCAAUACCUUUGCUCCAACAAUGUUGAUAUCCCAGUGGGAAGGAUUGUCCACACAGGGAUGCAGAAUGCCCAGGGAGGAUACGAGAAUGACUGCAGUGUUGCACGCAUUGCUCGCAACAGGUACAUGCUGAUUGCCCCAACAAUCCAGCAAGUGCGGAGCCAAGCAUGGAUCCAGCGUCAUCUGCCAACAGAUGGAACUGUGAGCAUGCGGGACAUCACAUCAAUGUUUACUGCCCUAUGUGUCAUGGGACCCAUGGCCCGGCAUCUCCUCUCUGACAUCACUGAUGUUAACCUCUCCCCCAAGACCUUCCCUUUCUUCACCUUUAAGGAGAUUGACAUUGGAUUGGCAAGUGAAAUUAGAGCCAUGAACUUGACUCACACUGGGGAACUUGGUUGGGUCCUCUACAUUCCCAAUGAGUAUGCCCUUCAUGUGUACAACUGCCUGAUUGAAGCUGGGAAAGAGUAUGGAGUCCAAAAUUGUGGGUACUAUGCCAUGCGAACACUGCGCAUUGAGAAGUUCUAUACCUUCUGGGGCCAGGAUCUUGAUACAGCUACCACCCCAUUGGAAUGUGGCCGUGCCUUCCGUGUUUAUCUUGAUAAGGACUUCAUUGGCCGUGAAGCUCUGCUGAAGCAGAAAGAGGAAGGUGUGAAGCGGAUGUUGGUCCAGCUGGUUGUUGAGAAUCACGAUGUGGAAUAUGAUCUGCUUCCAUGGGGUGGGGAACCCAUUUACAGGGACAACAGAUUUGUGGGACAGGUUACCACUGCCUGUUAUGGAUUCUCCAUGGAGCAGCCUGUGUGUGUUGGGUUCAUCCAGAAUCCAGAUGCAGAGGGGCACCCACAACAUGUGACCCCUGAAUAUGUGAAUUCAGGGGACUUUGAGAUAGACAUAGCUGGGAUGCGAUACCCAACCAAGGUGAAUCUCCAUUCUCCGUCCCUUCCGACCAAGUUUCCCGAGCCGAUCAAAGGUCGCUAUGUUGCAACCCAACCAGAAAUGCCAAUGUCAGCCAAUGCUAGGAGCUGACUGUGAAUGUCUCACCAGUCCAUCC